AUGGCCACGACAAUGACACAGCUUUCGCCCGUCGGCCCAGCAAUAAACCUCCUCCCAGACUCGGGCUCUCUGCGCUUGCACCCUGACAAGCUCACAGCCAUCAGCGAGAGCCUAGCCGUGGUACCGCUCCCACCGUCACGGCAGCCGGUGUCGCAGGUCCUUGACAAAGACAGAGAGACUCCCGACAACCAUGUCACACGAGAUGGCCGCCUAAUCCGUCUCACAGGUGUUCAUCCAUUCAACGCGGAAGCCCCGCUUACGGCGCUGUAUAACGAUGGCUUCCUCACGUCUGUCGAUCUCUUCUACGUUAGGAACCACGGCGCCGUGCCGAGAGUGCUUGACGAUGAAAUCUGGUCCUGGGAGCUCAGUAUUGAGGGUCUCGUCGACAACCCCUUCACCAUCACUCUCCAACAGCUCGUCGACGACUUCGAACAAAUCACGAUCCCAGUCACUUUCGUAUGCGCCGGCAACCGACGCAAGGAGCAGAACACAGUCCGAAAGUCCAAGGGAUUCUCCUGGGGCCCAGCCGGGCUAUCAACCGCCCUCUUCACAGGCACCCUGAUGGCCCACAUUCUGCGCAAAGCAAAACCGCUCCGGGGGGCCAGAUACGUCUGCAUGGAAGGCGCCGACAAGCUUCCAAACGGCUACUACGGCACCUCCCUCAAGCUGAACUGGGCCCUGGACCCAAACAAGGGCAUCAUGCUCGCCCACGGCAUGAACGGCGCCCCGCUGAGGGCCGACCACGGGCGUCCGCUGCGCGCCGUCGUGCCGGGCCAGAUCGGCGGCCGCAGCGUCAAGUGGCUGCGGCGGCUGGUUGUGACGGCUGCGCCUAGUGACAAUUGGUACCAUUACUACGAUAACAAGGUUUUGCCGACUACCGUGACGCCCGAGAUGUCGGCGGAGGAGCCGGCUUGGUGGCGGGAUGAGAGGUAUGCUAUCUAUGACUUGAAUGUCAAUUCUGCUGUCGUCUAUCCGCAGCAUGGAGAGGUGCUGGAUGUCGGUUUGCGGGCUCGGGAUUACGCCGUCCGGGGGUAUGCGUAUAGUGGGGGUGGCCGGCGGGUGACGCGUGUCGAGCUGUCUUUUGAUAGUGGCAGGUCAUGGCGUUUGGCCGAGAUCGACUACCCGGAAGACAGAUACCGUGAAGUUGACCUCGACCUUUUUGGAGGGCGCCUUGACAUGUCCAGCCGAGAGACGAGUUUCUGCUGGUGCUUCUGGUCCUACAGCUUGCCAAUUCUCGAGCUGCAGAAUGCCGAUAGCAUUUUGGUCAGGGCAAUGGACGAGGCCAUGAUGUGCCAGCCGCGAGACAUGUACUGGUCCGUCCUCGGCAUGAUGAACAACCCCUGGUUCCGAGUCGCCAUCGACAAGGGCGAGGGGUCUCUCCGCUUCGAGCACCCAACCACUUUGAUGCCGGGGCCUCCUGGGUGGAUGGAAAGGGUGAAGAAGUCUGGCGGGGACCUGCUCAACGGUCGCUGGGGUGAGAAGGCGCCCGGUGGAUCCGACGAGCUGCUGACGCCGCCUCCGGAGGAGGAGAUCAGCAUGACGAAUCAAGACGCGAGGAGAGUUUUCACCCUGGAGGACUUCAAGGCGGAGAGCUCCCAGGAGCGGCCGUUGUUCGUUAUAAAGGGCGAAGUCUACGACGGUACUGGAUAUCUUCGAGAUCACCCCGGAGGUGCCCAAAGCAUUCUCGCUGUUGCCACCUCAGAUGCCACGGAAGACUUUAUGGCAAUUCACAGCGAAAACGCCAAAGCGAUGAUGCGGAACUACCAUAUCGGCACCCUUGACGACGAUGGCCGACAAGCUCUGCUCUCCCCAGACAACGCAGAAGCCCUGUCGGCAACGCGGGCAGAGUUCUUAGACCCAAAACAAUGGGCAAAAGCCGUACUCAGCGCCAAAAAGAGCCUCUCGUGGGACACCAAGCUCUUUACCUUCAAGCUAGACCAUGAUGACCAAGUAGCAGGACUACCCGUCGGCCAACACCUCAUGCUGCGCGUGAAGGAUUCGGGCACCAACUACAACAUCAUCCGCGCAUACACGCCAGUCUCGGAGAAUUCGCAAAAGGGCUUUUUGGAGCUCCUUGUCAAGCUCUACCUGCCGACGCCAAGCACACCCGGCGGCCAGAUGAGCAUGGCGCUGGACAAGGUCUCCCUUGGCGCGGCGGUCGACUUCAAGGGUCCGAUUGGGAAGUUCGAGUAUCUCGGCCGGGGCGAGGCGAGCAUCAGCGGGAGACGGCGGACCGUGUCCUCGUUCACGAUGAUCUGCGGCGGCAGCGGCAUCACGCCCAUCUUCCAGGUGUUCCGGGCGGUCAUGCAGGACGCAGGCGACCCGACUUUCUGCACCGUGAUGGUUGGCAGCCGGCUCGAGGAGGAUAUACUGUGCAGGCAGGAGCUGGAUGCUCUUGCUCGGCGGAAGACAGACGGGUGUCGGUUGAUCCAUACACUGAGCCGGCCACCUGCGGAAUGGGCGGGCCUCCGUGGAAGGAUUUCGGAGACGCUGCUCCGGGAACAGGCAUCUCCAGCGACGGGUGGCUUGGCUCUUAUUUGCGGGCCGGGGUCGAUGGAGAAAUCCGUCCGCGAGAUCCUCCUCGACCUUGGAUGGAAGGAAGAUGACUUGGUCUUUUUCUGA